GCACCCCAUCAUAUCAGCCUGCUGCUUCCAGCUAUAAGUAUCUCCUCACUUACAGCAGCAACUCCCAUCACUUCUUAGUUCUGAAUUUCUCUUGACUCGAUCAAACCUCUUAGAGCGAGUGGCCUGAAGAGAUCGAUACGAUACCAAGCACAUAUAGCAGACACAUAUCAUGGCCAUUGCUGCUACUUCACCCAAGAUGUCGUCCGUUUUAGCCGCACUUAGCUUGCUGCUCCUAGCCGUUGCGUGCCAGGCCAGCCCUUACUACCCUCUGGAGCUAGGGUACUACCGUUACAAGUGUCCCCAGGCUGAGGCCAUCGUGAAGGCCAUCAUGGAGAAGGCCAUCGCCCAGAACCCUGGCAAUGGCGCUGGUCUCAUCCGUAUGCUCUUCCAUGACUGUUUCGUCGAGGGCUGUGAUGCUUCCGUGCUUCUGGACCCGACCCCGUUCAGCCCGACGCCGGAGAAGACAAGCCCGCCCAACAACCCAAGCCUACGCGGGUUCGAGCUGAUCGACGCCAUCAAGGACGCCCUGGAGGCCGCGUGCCCCGGGGUCGUCUCCUGCGCCGACAUCAUCGCCUUCGCGGCCCGCGACGCGUCCUACUUCCUGAGCGGCGGCAAGGUCCGCUUCGACAUGCCGGCGGGCCGCCUGGACGGCACCUUCUCCAACGCCUCCGAGUCGCUCAAGUUCCUGGUCCCGCCGACGUCCAACCUCAGCACCCUCGUCUCCAGCUUCGCCGUCAAGGGGAUGUCGGUGGAGGACCUGGUCGUGCUCUCCGGCGCGCACACCGUCGGCCGCUCCCACUGCUCCUCCUUCGUCUCCGACCGCCUCAAUGCCUCGGUCCCCUCCGACAUCAGCCCCGGGCUAGCCGGCUUCCUCAAGAGCCGCUGCCCGGCCAACCCGACGAGCAGCGGCAACGACCCCACGGUGAUGCAGGACGUGGUGACGCCCAACGCCAUGGACAACCAGUACUACAAGAACGUGCUGUCGCACACCGUGCUCUUCACCUCCGACGCCGAUCUCCUCACGUCGGCGCAGACGGCCAAGCUGGUGCUGGACAACGCCAAUAUCCCCGGGUGGUGGGAGGACAAGUUCGAGAAGGCCAUGGUGAAGAUGGCCAGCAUCGAAGUCAAGACCGGCUACCAAGGCCAGGUGAGGAAGAACUGCAGGGCGAUCAAUCACUACUAGCUACAUAUUGAUCAACUUGCCGCAGUGCAAUGUGGAACACCUUGAGAAAAAAAAAACUGCACGGUGAGGAUCAGUCGGUCCAGGUUGUUGUUGGUGAAAAAAAGUGCACGGUGUUCUCUCAAAAAAAAAGUGCACGGUGAUUGGUGAAGGAUCAAUCGGUCCAGGUUUUGUUAAUUGUUGGUGUUUAAUUUGUUCAUGAGCUGCAAGCGUGUUGUUGUACGACAUGGCAACUGUUGUUAUUUUUUUUUGGUGUCUUCUUCAUUUGCCUAUGAUUUGUUCAAAACAUGGAGAGUUUUGUAUCUGUUAUAUAUAUUCUUUGGGUUGUGUUUCUGUAUUUGGGUUGUUAUUGUGAAUAUAAAGUUUAACCAGUUCAGUUCAUA